AUGCAUAGUAUCACAGUUGUGUGCAUCAGCGUGGUGCUGGCGCUGCUUCUGCUGCUGUGGAUGAAGGUAUCGAACCUUGCCGGGGCGUCUGUUCGCAGUGACGUUCUGUUUGUGUUUGCGCACCCGGAUGACGAGGCAAUGUUUUUCACGCCACUCCUGCAUUCCCUGCGGGCACAGCGGGUCACAGUGCAUUUCCUGUGCCUGUCCAACGGUAACUACGCUGGGAUGGGAAAGGAGCGUGAGAAGGAGCUCUACGCCAGUGGCGCUUUCUUCGGGGUGCAGCGGCGUAACAUUCGAGUCGUCGACCACGCCGACUUGCAAGACGGAAUGUGUAAUAUCUGGAGCCCGUUACUUAUUCGCAGGGAGAUCGAGUCGUACAUGCAGAAAGCGGGCAACAUCAGCACCAUUGUUACAUUUGACAAAUACGGUGUCUCUGGCCAUCCUAACCACAUCGCCGUUCACAAUGGCGUGCGGGAGCUCAAGGAGAACAUGCCUCCAGGGCUCCUCCACCUGCAACUCAGAACACGGAAUCUGCUGUUGAAGUACGUUGGACUGCUGGCGGUUCUUCCUUAUGCCCUGUGGUCAUCCACAUGCGUUAGUCGCACCAGCUUUGUCGCUGUCAUUCCACCCGCAUCCGCCUGGGAGAGCAUGGCCGCGAUGCGCAAGCACGCCGGUCAGCUUGUCUGGUUUCGCUAUUUGUUUGUCAUUUUCUCUUCGUACACGUACGUGAAUGAGAUCGAAGAGCUCUAG